CGUCAAUAUAAAAUGAGUAAAACCCUAGGUCAUCGUUCAAUCCUCACUCCGAAGGAGCUUUCAACGCAGCGUCGCAACCAGAAACAAUGGCGGUCCCUUUGCUUGAUAAGAAGAUUGUGAAGAAGCGCGUGAAGAAGUUUAAGAGGCCACAGAGUGACCGCUACAUCUCUGUUAAGGAAAACUGGCGUAGGCCCAAGGGUAUUGAUUCCCGUGUGAGGAGAAAGUUCAAAGGAUGUACUCUGAUGCCCAACAUUGGCUAUGGUUCAGACAAGAAGACCCGCCACUAUCUACCAAAUGGUUUUAAGAAAUUCCUUGUGCAUAAUGUUCAAGAAUUGGAACUCUUGAUGAUGCACAACAGGACUUACUGUGCGGAGAUAGCACACAAUAUUUCAACAAAGAAAAGAAAGGAAAUUGUUGAGCGCGCUGCACAGUUGGAUGUUGUUGUGACCAACAAAUUGGCAAGGUUGCGUAGCCAGGAAGACGAGUGAGCUACUCAGCAAACAUGACAGCUGCUUUGCGGCUAAACUUUCUGCAUUAUUUAGUAUUGCAAGAACAAUGAAAACAUUCUGUGAAGUUUUGUUUGAAUUUUUCAGCAAACAUUUCUAUCUAGUUUUUGGGAAGAUCCUUGUAUCAGUUCAUGCUCACUGCUAACAGGGUUUGUUCUAUCCA